AUGGAGUCCUCCCCUAUCCCUCGGCCAUCAGGGAACUCCUCCACUUUGGGUUUGGCCCCUCUGCCCCAGGGCCCCCCGAGGGUCAAUGGGAGCCCAGAAGCGAGGCAUCGGGAUGUGGCCUCCGAGUCUGUGGCCCUCUUCUUCAUGCUCCUGCUCGAUCUGACGGCUGUGGCAGGUAAUGCAGCCGUGAUGACGGUCAUUGCCAAGACACCUGCCCUCCGCAAGUUUGUCUUUGUCUUCCACCUGUGCCUGGUGGACCUGCUGGCCGCCCUGACCCUCAUGCCGUUGGCCAUGCUCUCCAGCUCGGCCCUCUUUGACGAUGCCCUCUUUGGGGAGACGGCGUGCCGCCUCUACUUGUUCCUGAGUGUCUGUUUCGUCAGCUUGGCCAUCCUUUCGGUCUCUGCCAUCAAUGUGGAGCGCUACUACUACGUGGUGCACCCCAUGCGCUACGAGGUGCGCAUGACCCUAGGUCUGGUGGCUUCCGUGUUGGUGUGUGUGUGGGUGAAAGCAGUAGCCAUGGCCUCCGUGCCAGUGCUGGGGAGGGCCUCACCUGGGCCCCCUGAUUUCCCUCCUGGCUGCUCCCUCCAGUGGAGCCUCAGUGCCUACUGCCAACUCUUUGUGGUGGUCUUUGCUGUGCUUUAUUUCCUGCUGCCCCUGCUCCUCAUUCUUGUGGUCUACUGCAGUAUGUUCCGUGUGGCCCGGGUGGCUGCCAUGCAGCAUGGGCCCUUGCCAACAUGGAUGGAGACUCCGCGCCGGCGAUCUGAGUCGCUCAGCAGCCGUUCUACCAUGGUCACCAGCUCAGGGCCCCCUCGGACCACUCCCCAUAGGACGUUUGGUGGGGGGAAGGCAGCUGUGGUCCUGCUGGCUGUGGGGGGCCAGUUCCUACUUUGCUGGCUACCCUAUUUCUCCUUCCAUCUUUAUGUUGCUCUGAGUGCCCAGCCCCUUCCUACACAGCAGGUAGAGAGUGUGGUGACCUGGAUUGGCUACUUCUGUUUCACUUCCAAUCCUUUCUUCUAUGGCUGCCUCAAUCGACAGAUCAGGGGGGAGCUCAGCAAGCAGUUUGUUUGCUUCUUCAAGCCGUCCCCAGAGGAAGAGUUGAGGCUGCCCAGCCGGGAGGGCUCCAUAGAGGAGAACUUCCUGCAGUUCCUUCAGGGGACUGGUUGUGCCACUGAGCCCUGGGCUCCUCAAACCCCAAUCAGCCCAAAGCAGGAACCACCAGCUGUGGACUUCCGAAUCCCAGGCCAGAUUGCCGAAGAGACUUCUGAGUUCUUGGAGCAGCAGCUUCCUAGUGACAUCACUGUGUCAGAUGGCUACCUCCAUCCGACUCUCUCACCCCAGCCUGAACCAUGA